AGCACGUUCUAGUAACUGGAACCGCUUCACGGCUGAUGCAUGUGCCUAAGGCGUCUAUACAGCAAGCAGAGGGGCGUAAGGUCUACUCUACGCCACAACAGCAAGACUGUCAUCUAUCUGGUCUCGAUGCUAUCAGGCCCCCAGAUUCAAGAGACAGCCAAUCAGAUCUUUCCGUCCAUGAUCUUCAAUACUCCUUCCCAAAGAUCAAGUACCCAUAUAAAUCUUGCCAUAUAUAUCUAUCCUCACAACCCCACCUCCCCCUCCAACUCCCAACACUACACUUCCCACCAUGUCUCCCACCCCUAAACCCCACCUCGUCCUCAUCUCCGGCGCAUGGCACACCCCCGCCCACUACGCCCUCCUAGUCUCCAAGCUCGAAGCCCGCGGCUACACAGUCCACACGCGCCAAAUGCCCUCAAUCGGAAACCCAGACCCACCAACCGACCUCUCACAGGACAUCGACGCUACCGACGCGCUCGUCAACGACGCUAUCGCCGACGGCAACGACGUGGUCGUCCUAGCACACAGCUGGGGCGGCUUCGUCAUCGGCAGCGCGCUUCGCGGCCUGAGCAAGACGGAUCGCACGGCGCAGGGGAAGAAGGGCGGCGUCGUGCGCUGCGGGUACAUUGCCGCAUUCAUGGUCGACGAGGGGUUUCGCUGGAAGGAAGAGGAAUUGCUGCCGAAUUAUUGUGUCGUGGAAGCCCCAUACGUCCACGUCACCUCCCCCGCACCCUUCUACCAGGACCUCCCCGAAGCAGACCAGCAGCACUGGUUCGCAGAGACGCGCUCGCACGCCCUGGGCUCGUUUACAUCGCCCGCCCGGUCGCCGAGCUGGAAGCGCAUCCCCUCGGCGUACUUGGUGUGUGUGGACGACGCGGCGAUUCCGGAGAAGGCGCAGGAUGGUAUGUUGCAGGGGGCCCGGGAUCUGGGGGCUAGUAUCGAGGUUACGAGGGUAAAUAGUGGGCAUAGUCCGUUUUUGAGCUGUCCUGAUGUGGUUGUGGAGUGGGUUGAGGGGCUUGCUGGGUGAGUGGUGAGAGGUUGUGUUUAUGGUGGAGGUUACUCAUGGGGGGUAAUGUAAUAUUAUGCAUAUGUUGAUGCUGGUAUGCUCU